AUGAAUAAAAAAAAAGAAAUUGAUGGCAGUAAAAAAAGGAUUAAAAAAGCUGAAAAAAAUAAAAAAACAGAAGUUUUAUCUAAAUCAGUAAUUUCACCAAAUUCCGCAUUGGAUAGGAUUUCUAAUCAAAGAUUAAUAUUUAAUCUUUCAACAGAUAAGAUUAAUCAAACAAAUCCCUUUUUUAUUGAAAAGAAUAGAGAAUUAUAUACAUCAUCAUUUAUUAAAAAUAUCAUGAAUAAAAGAAGUAAGAAUUUAUGGGAAGCAGUUAGCAGAGAUUUAAAUGGUGAAUUAAUUGGAGAAAAGAAUGAAUUAUUUUCAAAAAAAAGUGAAAAUUACCAGAAUUUAAUUCAAUGUUUAAGAUUUUCUGAAGUUUCAGAAUCUAAUAUGAAUCCUGAUCUUUAUAUUAGUUAUAAACAUAAUAUAAAAAAAGAAAAUAUAGAUAACUGCUCUAAACCUAAUUUUAUUAUUAUUAAUUCAUCUGGAUCUGAAGAGGAAUUGUUGUUAAAUCAUGAUAGUAGUUUAGUAGAAAAAUACCAUGGAAAAAUGUUUAAGUCUCCUAUAGUCAAUUCUAAUGAAUCAGGAAUUGAUUCUUUAUUACUAACAGAAGACUCUAAUUUGGAUAAAAAUAAAAGAAUUAGUGAAUUACAUACAAAAGAAAUUGAUUUAAAAAAGAACUUGAAAGCAGAAAAAUAUGCAUCUUUCACAGAAGAUCCUCUGGAAUUAAUUAAUACAACUUUAGAUGAUUCUCUAUACAUAGAAAGUCUUAAUGAAAACGUCUCUUUAAAAAUUAUGAAAAAUGAUAUAAAUAAUGAUAUUUUAGAUGAAUAUGGAUUGGAAAUAAAAAAUAAUUCAUAUAUUACUAAAAAAAAAGAUUUAGUCGAAGCAAUAGAAACGAGGCAGAUUUCUAACCCUGAAGGAAUUACAAUGCCUGAUUUUCGGAAUUAUACGCUUGUUCAAUUACAGUCUGAGGUUUCAAAAUAUGGUUUUAAGAUAAUGCAUUCACGAAAAACAAUGAUUGAUUUAUUAGUUAAAUGUUGGGAAUUAUCUAAUUUUUCAGAAAAAAAACAAUUAAUUAAGAAUGAUAAACAUAACGAUUGUGGACUUUCUCAAGCUUUUGGUAAUACUUUAUUAGAACAAAGUGUUACUGGUACGUUAAAAAAUUGCACAUUGUUAGCGCAUUUGGAUAGCAAUUUGCAGAGUAUUUUUUUGACUAUUACAAAAAUUCUUAAAAGUACGAUUGGUGAAAUAUAUUGGUUUAAAAUAUUACGUUACGAACCAAUUGUUCUUGAGCAGUUUAUUAAAUGGUUAUUUGAGCAGAAUAUAGUUGUUACUCUUGACAUUGUUAAACAAUAUUGUAAUAUAUAUAGUAUAUGUUGUGUACAUCUUAAAACUAAUCGUGGUUUUGCAAGAAAGUAUUUAUAA